GUCCCCCGCGCGGGCGCGGGUGGACCUCCCGGGCUCCGACAUCUUCUUGGGUCACCCUUAGGCCUCACUCCAGACACCAGAUUCCUCUCUCCCCUCACGUCCCCAGGGCCGCGUCGGACUACAUUUCCCAGGAGCCUCGGCGGCUAGGCUAGACGGCGGGCGCUUCAAGAGGCGCCGCGGACUGCAUUUCCCAGACACCUUUGCAGCGCCCGGGCCGUGAAGAUUACGCUUCCCAGAGUCCUUUCGCGGUGGGGCCGCAACCCUUCCUGGGGUCUCGGAGCAGCCACGAGACUCCGACUCCCAGAGGUCUUUGCGGUUGACAAGGGCGACUACGCCUCCCAGAGGCCUCUGCGGCGCCGCAACCGGAAGCGGCGGGCGAGUCCAGUGUCCUUGCGUGCCGAGCCGAGUGACCAUGGUGCCCCGAGUGUGGUCGCUGAUGAGGUUCCUCCUCAAGGGCAGCGUGGCCGGGGUGGCCGUGUACCUGGUGUACGACCAGGAGCUGCUGGGGCCCAGCGAGAAGACGCAGGCGGUCCUGCAGAAGGCCGAGGAGGUGGUGCCCCCCGCCGUGUACGGCUUCAGCCAGUACGUGUGCGACCAGACCGGCCUGAAGGUUCCCCAGCUCCCAGCGCCCCCCAAGUUUAACUUUCAUCUCCGCGACUCCUGGAAUUCAGGCAUCAUGACGGUGAUGUCGGCUCUGUCGGUGGCUCCCUCCAAGGCCUGCGAGUACUCGAAGGAGGGCUGGCAGUACCUGAAGGAGCGCAUCAAGUAGCUGGCAGAGGAGCUGCCUGUCCCUGUCGGGAACAGGGGCAGGGACCGACCUGGGGACUCCAGACGGGGACCCCACUCCGAGGGCAGCUCCCGGCCUUGCCGGCCCAAUAAAGGACUUGGGAAGUGUUU